AUGGCGAGAGUAACACCAUCGUCUUCUUCAUCGACUCAUCUUAUCCACAACCUUCUCCGACUUCCCGAACCGCCAUCUUCGGUCUGUCUCUUCCUCAAACCCUUUUGCUUAUCCGCUUCAAUCUCUCAAUCCAGCCACCGUAACAGACCUCGCUUUCAGUCACUAUCUUCAAAGCCGCUUCCUUUUCCUUAUACUUCUUCACUCGUAGCGAAAUCCUUCUCUUCCAUCGAUGAACCAGAUCUCGGAGAAGACGGAGAGAGCGAGGAAGACGAAUAUAGCGAAGAAGAAGAAAAAGAAGAACUGGACAGUGGAAUGGUUUCCGUGGGAGGAAUUGAAGAUUCGGGAGCAUCUGAAGAGGUUUCGGAGGAGAAAACAGAGAAGAUGAAGAAGAAGGCUCGUGGCUCGGCUUUGAAGUUGUCGAUAAAGGAGAAGAAGGAAUUGGCUUCAUACGCGCAUAGUCUGGGUGACAAAUUGAAAUGUCAGCUCGUCGGAAAAUCUGGAGUUACUGAUUCAGUGGUUUUCUCCUUCCUGGAGACUCUGGAGAAGAACGAGCUCUUAAAGGAUCUUGAUUCCGUUGUGGUGAAGAUACGCAAGACAUCGCCGGAUGAGCUAGAGGACGCGGUUAGGCAUUUGGAAGAAGCGACAGGUUCAGUAGCAGUAGGACAAAUCGGGCGGACCGUGAUAUUGUAUCGGCCUAGUCCCACCAAAAUGAAAGCAGAGGAGAAGAAGAAGGAAGUGGAGAGGUUGUCGAUUAGAAGAAGACAGAAAUUCACAAACGCUAGACCCACUAGACCUUUUAGAAGGGAGUACUCAGAGAGACCUGAUGGACGUGGACGCAGAGGCGGAAGUAGAGUCGCAACAGCUUGA